GUUUUGGUGCGUGGGACAGCGAAUUUCAUUACCUACCAUACUUCCGGGUUUUCGACCACUCCCACAAAUUUACACGGCUCGUCUGGUUGAAUUGAUAUUCCCAGUUCCUUGUUGAAUUCGUGAUUCUAAAGAGCAACCAUAGUAUUUAGUCUUCCAAGAUGGCAACUGAUGCUCUGAACCUGGUCAAGCAGCUGAGUAAAGAGACGGAAGAUCUCAGGAAACUUGCAGAGACUGUCAAAAAGGUAGAACUAACCAAGGACUUUGGGAACAUCCUGGAAGAGGUCAUCUCGACCUUGACCUCGGUCAACACUGAACUAUGUGUGGGAAGUUCUGCUUCUGUCCAAGACUUUGACGAGCUUAUCAAUGGUGCAUUGGCCAAUUUAGUCACAAUCAGCAACCAAAUUGAUCCUGAUAUUGCAGCAGGGGUUGGUUUGUUAAAGGAAGGCUUUGGGACCCAACGAGCAUUUCUGACAAUAGCAGCAGAAAGCAAGCAACCAAAUGAGAAAACUUUGAAAGAGCUUGUGGUUCCAACUUAUGAAAAGCUGGAAGAAAUUCGGAAGUACAGGGAUGCUAAGAAAUCUUCCAAGUUUUUCAACAAUAUAGCAGCUAUUGCUGAAAGUGCCGAGAUGAUGUUAUGGAUUGGUAUGCAAAGCAAGCCAGCACCAUACGUGAAAGAAAUGCAGAGCUCAGCAAUGUUUUACAUCAACAAAAUCCUGAAAGAAUUUAGAGAAAGUGACCCGAGACAUGUUGAAUGGAAAUCUUCGUUGAUCAAGCUCAUCCAAGAACUUGAGGUUUAUGUCAAAAAACAUCAUCUUACAGGCGUCACAUGGAACAGACAGGGCAAGGAUGCCAGCGCACCAUCAGCAAAGGCCGCUCCCCCACCGCCACCUGCAGCUGGUGGUCCCCCUCCUCCACCACCCCCAGCAGUUGUACCCCCCUCUGGUCCUGCUGCUCCCGCCUCAAGCGACGACUCCGGCAGGGCUGCUCUCUUCGCCUCCCUGAACCAGGGUGAAAAUAUCACAAGCGGUUUGAAGAAGGUGACUAACGACAUGAAGACCCACAAGAACCCAGAACUAAGGAAACAACCACCCAAGCAGGUAUCAACCACCGCAAAGCCCUACCAACCCCCGGCUGUCAAGUCUGCUCCUAAAGCCGCUGCUGCUGCCCCUGUCAAGAAACCACCCAGGAUUGAACUCACCCAGAGAAAAUGGGAUGUGGAAUACUAUUCGAACAAUACAGACAUCCGUCUAGAUCAAGUUGAAAUGAAGCAGAGUGUGUACAUCUACAAGUGCGACAACAGUGUCAUCAACAUCCCCAACAAAGUUAACUCCAUCACUGUUGAUUCAUGCAAGAAGGUCGGUGUUGUCUGUGAGAGUGUCCUUGGGUCUUUAGAUGUUGUCAAUUGCCAGAGUAUGAAAAUGCAGAUAACAGGUACAGCUCACAUCGUAAACAUAGACAAAACAGAUGGAUGUAUGGUGUACUUGAGUGAAAAUUCUAAGUUUGCUGAAGUCAUUAGCGCCAAGUCAUCAGAAAUGAACAUCCUUAUCCCAAGUGGAGAAGAUGGAGACUAUGUUGAAUAUGCCCUUCCUGAGCAGUACAGAAGUGUGUAUGAUGCAAACAAGAAGUGUAUGGUCACAACCUGUACUGAGUCAAUGGGAUAAAUCCUGGCGCCUCUCCUAAACAGGCAGAUAAAUAUAUGUGUAACCUCAGAGUCCCAAACAGCAAAUUAUUAUGCUUGAGGGAAUUUCAGUAUGGUUACAAAGGAUAUGAUUAUGAUCGUUUACUUAUUUCAUGUAUCACCCAAAUUAUUGAAAGAUUUGUAGAAAAUACCACAAUGAACCAUACUUAACAUGUGUGCCAUUAAAAAAUACCAUAUAUUUAGAGUUACCUUAAUACAGAUCAAACAAUGUUAGACAGGUAUCAUAUUAGAUUUAUAAGUGUUUAGUUUGUUUAAUGUUAUCAAAUUACGCAACCUUUUAUUUUUUCGUUUCAAUGAUUACACAGUCUUUGGAACUGUUUUUUUGUUUAUUUCAGAAUGUUUUCAUAUGUGUGUUGCUUAUCAUUUUGAAUGAAGAUUCUAGAAUAUGAAAUCUCUUGGAUGGAUGAUACAAUGUUGUUAAGCUCAGAUUAUCAUUUCUGAUUUUUCUCAUAAUAUCCUACCUUAGUAUUGUGAAGGAUUUUUCGGGGGGGGGGGGGGCGGUGGGGGUAGUCAUCCAUGAGAAAAUCAUCCUUCAUAUUUAUCAAUUAAGAUAUUAAUGAAACUUGCAAUUCAUCUGCAGUGGAAACUGGCUGGUGACAUCAGCUGGUCCCCCCCCCCAUGUUGCGUUAUUCGCAAGUUUAAUUUAUAAAUUAAUUGAAGGAAGGACUCAAUUAUGAAUAUGAUUCUUGACAUGUUUAUGUGGUUAUAAGCAGCAAAUCAUGGAUUAUAAUAUAACACAUUACGAUGACCAUAUAUGUAUUACCAAAAGUAUAUAUACAUGUAGGUAAUUUGUAACUCAUGAGAAGUUAUGAUAUAUCAAAGUUAGACCAAUGAAAAAGAAAAAGAUACCAGCCGAAUUUUAUGCUUGUGAUGGUAGUUGUAUCCCAAUUCUGAGUUUUAUGAGAUAUAUAUAUAUUUAUAUUUAUUUUGCCACACAGUCUUUAAAAUCAAUGACUUUAAUUUCAUGUUUAGUAUUUGACAUUCUUCAUUAAUAUGAAUAUUCUUUGUACAUGUAGUUUUUUUUAAGGAUUGGAUGUUACUUAAUCUGUGUGUUUUUUUUUUUUUAGUAGUGAUUGUUUUUUUAUCAAAUAGAUUUGAUAUGAUUAUCGUUGAUUGGGAUUGACAUACUGCAAUAUAUUGACUAACAUUUUUUAUUUUGAGUAGGAAAGCACCAAGUGCAACUGGAUGUAUGUUAGUUUGAAACUUUUUGUCAACCAAUCUGUAUAGCCCAAACCAGCAUUUGUUUUAAUACAUGUACUUUCAUCAGCCCUUAUUCAAGGUGAAAUAUUCAGGUAAUAUAAAUGCUUUCAGCUUAAGAAAUAUCCCCAGCUAACUGGAACCAACCAUUUUGAAGACUUGUCGAUUGAUAGGCAUUUUUUUUGUGCAAAAUGUGUGGUUUAACAAUAUUAUAGCAUGCUGGCUACCAGUAAGUCUGCACUUUAUACCUUGACCUGAUGUUUAUUUAAAUUAAAUUGAAUUUUAUUUCAUUGUAUAGUAUUUAGAUGUAAUGUCAAUACUUAAAGUCAUUUAAUUUGGAUUGAGUGAAUGCUUUGGUAACACACUGACAUAAAUCUAGUAUGUGAAAAUCCUGUAUAACUUUGAUAAAUUCUUAUUUGGGAAUGGGGUUUCGCGUUUAUGAAACACUGGACUAUUCAAAGUACUGGUAGUAUGCAAAUUAGCUGUAGUAGUGCUGGAAUUAUACAAAUCAUUAUGCAAUUAACCACUUCCAAUAUCAAUGUAUAUGUAGGUGAUCUAAUAUUCUUUUAGAUUAAUAUACAUAUAUAUGUAUAUGCAAUAGCCGUUAGUGGAAGAUUAAACACACAAUUUGAUUUUGUCGCAUCCUUUCAAAUAUUGAAACACCAUAAAUAAUGAAUCAUUGUGUCCUACGUCUAGAUUAGUGUUCUUACACAUGUGCCUGUCUGCGUAAUGAAUUGUUGAAUUUUUGUUACCUAUCCGAGAGGCAUGUUAGGGAAAACUCAGCUGUGUCUUAACUAGAUGUAGGUAGAGCACAGAGCAAAGACACACAUCUUCUGUUCAAUAUUAUGGUGAGAUUAAGACAGAAAUAUUGUAUUUACUCAUAGACUAACAAACUGUACUUCAUGUGAUGACCUUACACAAAGCUACGAGUUAACAAGGAACCAUUGUCGCUCAUUUGAUCAUACAGGUUUGUAUCAAAUUCUGCUAUUUAGAACUGUUUGUAAUGAUAUUGUUUUUUAUGGAAAAGAAUGGAAGACAAAAUAUAUGGUGGUUUUUGGCAAGAAUAUUGCUCCUGCAUACAUGCCUUAUGAAUCUGAAUGUACUCUGAAUUGUGUGAAAGCAAAGCAAUAAAUUGGCUCAGUU